AUGGUUGAAAACCGAAUGUUUACUGGAUUAAUGGGAAGCAAAACAGGUGGCAACACGGAGCCAAUGCCUUUUGUAAGAAAAUGGGGUGCAGCAGCAGCUGCCUCAGACGAUGGUACAAUUGCUCCCCCACCACCUCCAGACGUAUCAACUCCGACGUCUGGUCAUGACACUUCGACGCACUCGCAUCGGGACCGGAGCCGUUCGCGUGAUCACAAAGAACGAAGGGAACGUCGCCGAAGAUCACGAUCUGGAGACCGUGAACGCCACAGGAGACGGCGGAGUCGCUCGAGAAAGCGCAGUAGGUCGCGCGAUAGAAAAAGAUCUCGAAGCAGAAGCAAGGAUCGCGACAGAUCUUCCCCUCCUGCUGCGCCCACAUACACUCCAGCAGUACCAGUUAUUAAGGAGCCAGUGAUUAAUCCACUUAUGAGACCGGAAGUUGCGUUGUCCGGAACUGAUGCUUUACCUGGACAUGAGAACGCGUUGACAGAAGCAGGAAGAAAACGAGAGAGGAAGUCGCGCUGGUCAGCAACGAAAAGUUUUGUCCCUGGAAUGCCUACGAUCCUGCCUUCAAAUUUAUCGGAUGAUCAGAGGACGGCUUACCUUCUGCAACUGGAGAUUGAGGACGCCACACGCAAACUACGAUUGGGCGAUUUCCUCGGCUCGAGUGAUCCAGCGCAAAGAAGUCCGUCUCCAGAGCCGAUCUAUGACAGUAAUGGCAAAAGGUUAAAUACGAGAGAAGUGCGAAAACGUCAAGAAUUAGAGCAACUUCGUCACGAGAAGAUCCAGGCGUUAUUGAAAAUCAAUCCAAAUUUCAAACCGCCAGCAGACUACCGUGCUCCAAAUAUUCGACUUCACGACAAGGUGUGGAUACCACAGGAUGCUCAUCCUGAGUUGAACUUUGUCGGUUUGCUAAUCGGACCUCGUGGCAACACGCUAAAGAGUCUUGAGGCUGAGACUGGUGCUAAGAUUAUUAUCAGAGGAAAAGGCUCUGUGAAAGAAGGCAAACUUGGCAGCAGGCUUGGUCCAAUGCCGGGAGAAAAUGAACCACUCCACGCAUAUGUCACUGGCACUGAUCAAGCAACCAUUAAAAAAGCGUGUGAUAAGAUCCGGUCCAUUAUUGCCGAAGCGACUGCUAUUCCUGAUGGUCAGAAUGAAUUGCGAAAAUUACAGCUAAGAGAACUGGCCUUGUUGAACGGAACUCUCCGACCAGAAGAUCUUGCUAGCGGUGCUCGUUGUUCAAACUGCGGUUCGGAUGAGCACAAAACAUGGGAGUGUCCCGAUGCGCCGAAUAUUACGGCUAAGGUGGUCUGUAUGGCUUGCGGAAGUGCCGGUCAUAUUGCGAGAGACUGCAAGAACCCACGCCCUGGGGGAGCUGAAGGAGCUGUAGCAGCAGAUGGCGGGAUGGAUGACGAAUACUCGGCUCUGAUGGAGGAACUCGGAGAGCGUCCAGCUCGAGUUCCGGAUGGCUCAGUACGCGGUCGCGGAGCAACUACAUUCCGUGGAGCUAGAGGCGGGUUCUUUUCACGUGGUGCGCUUAGCAAUCAACAGCCAGUGAUUAGAGUGAACUUGGGUACAGCUGCUCAGCAGCAGAACGCAAUGAUGAGCGCUGGUAUGUUUCCACCACCACCAGGAGCAAAGCCUCCGUACGGAAUGGGACCUACAGAUCCGUAUCAACCGCAAGGAUUCUUCUCGAGUCCUGGAGCUAGGGGACGUGGAGCAGCAGCAUUUAGAGGAGGUUGGUACGGUGGAGCGACAGCGAUGCCGCUGCCAGUUCCACCGCCACCGCCACCACCAAUGGGUGGCUUUCCGCCUCCUCCUCCUCCACCUCCUCCAGCUCCUCAAGCGGACCUUUCGCGGAUCUUAGCGGCCCCAGCUCCACCUCCUCCGCCACCACCUCCACCACAACAGUAA